AUGUCCAUUUCAUCGGCCGCGGGCAGCGAGUCCGCUGUGCAGCUGCACGGCAGCAUCUGGGACGUGUGCCGCGCGACGCCCACAGGCCACAAGGACGGCCCCUGCUGGCAGGACAGGCGCCAGCCGCUCGUGCCGGCUCUGGAGGGCCGCGGCGACCCGAGCGGCUUGUGCGGCGAGAUUGCUGAGGAGGACCUGCCGCAUGACGACGCCGGUCGCCUGCUGCGCCCUGGUGUCGUGUGGUUCAACGAGAACCUGGACCAAGCCGUGGCCGACAAGGUGGAGGGGAUACUUGACGCGUGCGACCUGCUGCUGAUCGUGGGCACCUCGGCGGUCGUGUACCCCGCAGCAGGGUACGCGCCUCACGUCUGGUCGCGCGGCGUCCCGGUGGUGGAGUGCAACCUGGAGCCCACCAGCAACAGCCGGCUGUGCGCGCUCACUUUCAAGGGCCGGGCCGGCCUGCUGCUGCCGCGGCUGCUGGGGGUGCAGGACGACGAGCGCGUCCGCGCUGCGAUGGCGGCAGCCGCCGCUCAAGAAACGCCGGGUGUGGUGCAGCGGCUGCGUGUGCACUGA